AUGGUCGUGGUGCCCAAGCCUCAGGGGAAGAUACAACUGUGUGUAGACCUAAUACACUUGGAACAAGUGCAUGCGGAGAGACACGUCCUCCCAGCGGUAGACCAUACACUAGCCAUGCUGGCAGGGGCGAAGGUGUUCAUGAAGCUGGAUGCCACCUUUGGCUUCUGGCAAAUCCCAAUGUUAGAGGAGAGCUCACUCCUGACAAAAUUCAUCACCCCAUCUGGGAGAUAUGCAUUCAACCGCCUACCGUUUGGGAUCUCAUCAGCCCCUGAACAUUUCCAGCGUUGCAUGUCACAGAUCCUGGAGGGGUGUGCAGGAGUAGUGUGUCAUGCUGAUGACAUAUUAGUGUAUGGAGAAAACAUGCAGCAAUACAAUGAGAGACUGCAUCAGGUGCUGAAGAGGCUGAAAGAACAAGGACUGAUGCUGAACAAUGAAACAUGUGAGUUCGCCAAGGACAGCAUCAUGUUCGUGGGUCACCAGGUCACAGCAGACGGUGUGACACCAGAUCCAGGCAAGGUCAGAGUUAUCAUGGAGAUGCCUGAACCUACCAGGGUGGAAGGUGUGAGGAGAGUGAUGAGGAUGGUCAACUAUCUGGGCAAGUUUUUACCCCACUUUGCAUCAUACACACACCCGAUCAAAGACCUGCUCAAUUCAUUAUCAAGAGCCCCUGUGAAACAUACAUUCACACAAGCAGAAAAAGACAACGAGACAGAUGUCAAAGUGUUUGUGGAUGCAGUCAUUCAAAGCCUUCCUGCUACAGAAGCAAGAUUGAAAGUGAUUCAAGAGAAUCAGAAAGCCGAUCCCGUCUGUGCAAAACUAAUCAAGUACUGUGAGACUGAUUGGCCUGACAAACAUGCCCUCCCACCAGAGCUGGGGUCAUACUGGCAUAAAAGAGAAAACCUCAUCUUGGCUGGAGAGCUGCUUCUCAGAGGACAGAGAAUUGUGAUUCCUCACUGCAUGAGACAAGAAAUCCUCCACUACCUCCACAGUGGUCACCAAACCCACCUCAAGGUAGCUUCUGCCAACGCUGUCAUUGCCGCUCUGAAGGAGGCAUUCAGCCACCAUGGAAUACCAGAAACAGUCAUGUCUGAUAACGGGCCGCAAUACAGCUGUGCAGUCUUCAAAGACUUCGGCACGGAGUAUGGUUUUACACGUUACCAGCAGAUACGCACCACCAUACCACAGCUCCUGACAUCCUUACGCCCACGUUGGCUGAACAUCCGAGGAUUCAGGAAGUCUGAGAAGCAGGCAAAAGAGAACCAGCAACACCGCUACAACCUGCAUCACAGAGCUCGUCCUUUACCACCACUGCAGUUGGGCCAAAAUGUGUGGCUUCGGAGAGAGAAGAAACAGGGGACUGUCACUCAACAUGCAACAACACCGAAGUCCUACAUUAUACACACAGAUGAAGGACAGAUACUCAACAACGUCAUAAAGAAGGCAAGAGAAAAGGGAAAAUGGAAGGUGCUGGUGGUGGACAAACUGAGCAUGAGGAUGAUAUCCUCGUGCUGUAAGAUGACAGACAUCAUGUCGGAGGGGAUCACCAUUGUGGAGGACAUAACCAAGCGGCGUGAGCCUCUGCCCAGCAUGGAGGCCAUCUACUUGAUCACACCGUCAGAUGAGUCUGUGGAGGGUCUGAUCGAUGACUUCAGGGACCCCAGCACUCCGAGGUACCGAGCGGCUCACGUCUUCUUCACCGACACAAUCCCAGACUUGCUGUUUGGCCUGUUGACCAAAUCACGCGCCUCCAAAGCCAUGAAGGCCUUGACUGAGAUCCAUGUCGCCUUUCUGCCUUAUGAAUCUCAGGUGUUCUCCCUCGAUAAAGUGGAUGCCUUUCAGGACUUCUACAGCCCCUUCAAGGCCGACGUAAAAAACAACAUGUUGGAGCGCUGUGCCGAGCAGAUUGCCACACUGUGCGCCACGCUGAAGGAAUACCCCGGAGUCCGAUACCGAGGGGAGUACAAAGAUUGUGCAGUUUUGGCUCAAAUGCUGCAGGAGAAGUUGGAUGGCUACAAGGCUGAUGACCCCACCAUGGGAGAGGGUCCAGACAAGUCUCGUACUCAGUUGUUGAUCCUGGACCGCGGUUUUGACCCCGUGUCUCCUCUCCUUCACGAGCUCACCUUGCAGGCCAUGGGCUAUGACUUGCUGGGCAUCGAGAAUGAUGUCUACAAGUUUGAGACCAGUGGGAUGGGGGAAGUGAGGAUGAAGGAGGUGUUGCUGGAUGAGGAUGAUGAUCUGUGGUUGACUCUGAGACACAAACACAUUGCCGAGGUGUCAACGGCCGUGACCCGCUCUCUGAAAGAAUUCUCCGCCAGCAAAAAGAUGAACACUGGUGAAAAGACCACCAUGAAGGAACUGUCUCAAAUGCUGAAGAAGAUGCCUCAGUAUCAGAAGGAGCUCAGUAAGUAUUCUACUCACCUCCACCUGGCUGAGGACUGUAUGAAUCGCUACCAGGGAACCGUGGACAAGCUUUGUCGUGUUGAGCAGGACCUGGCAAUGGGUACGGAUGCAGAGGGAGAGAAGAUUAAGGAUCCCAUGAGGUUAAUCGUUCCCAUUCUCCUGGAUGCCAACGUCACCGUUUUUGACAAGAUCCGUAUCAUCCUCCUCUACAUCUUCCUUAAGAACGGUGUGACAGAAGAGAACCUGUGUAAGCUCCUUCAGCAUGCCAAUGUACCACCGGAGGACAGUGACAUCAUCUCCAAUAUGGCCCACAUGGGUGUGCCCAUUAUCUCAGAGGGCAUGGCCAAGAAGCCAAAGAAGCCUGAGCGCAAGGAGAGAAUCAGCGAGCAGACGUACCAGCUCUCCCGGUGGACUCCACUCAUCAAGGAUAUCAUGGAGGAUGCAAUUGAAGAUAAGCUUGAUCCAAAGCAGUACCCAUACAUUUCCCAGCGACAAGUAUCUUCCAAAUCAAGUGCUCCAUCAAGUGCCCGCUAUGGUAACUGGCACAAGAACAAGAGCCCCACGGAGAUGAAGACAGGACCGAGGAUCAUCGUCUUCAUCAUUGGAGGAAUGACCCACAGUGAAAUGCGCUGUGUUUAUGAAGUCACCCAAGCCAAUGGCAAGUGGGAGGCCCUUAUUGGUUCUACACACAUACUCACCCCCACCAAGUACCUAAAGGAACUACAACACCCAGAUUUCCUGGACCCCAACGCCCUGCCUGAGGGGGCGGAGACUGAGGAGCCGCCAGCAAAUUGA